AUGAUAUCCCCCGUCCCUCUCAAUGCGGGCCGCCGACGCGUAUUCGGCUCCGUCUUCUCCCCCACGUCACAACAAACUCGGCCACUCUUCGCCUCUAGCUCUGACCCCGACCAAACGCAACUCGCCUCUUUCCAAUCCACUGUUUCCUCCUCGACGGUGAAAACGGCCUCCUUGGCCUCGCCUCAGCAAGAACAAUUUCCUGAAGCUCGAGACCGAGAAACGUGGGACCAGGCCUGGUCUGCAGUGACGGCCUUUUUGGCCGUUCCUGACCAAGGGUUCGCCCCAAUCUACGAUGCGAGAGAGACUGAUGGAAGUGAUGCGCUGAAGGAUUGGAAUCGAUUGAGUCCGCCGUCGAAAGAGACUGCCGAGGCACUGUCUUAUUUGACGGCGGCAGAACAGCAGGGCAGUACGGCGUAUGGAGCGACAGGGUUGAAGAGUUUGAUCGACUGGUAUGGUGAUGAGAUACGGCGGCACUUUCUGGGGAAUCUUCGGAGUGGACUACAUGAGCUUUUGAAAACACCCGAGAAAGAGGGUUUGUUGCGGUCAAUUGUGGACUGCUUGCAGCUUGCUCGUCGCAUCUACUUUGCGCCCGUUGUUCAUUAUCUACUGCCUCUACUGCAAGCGCCGGAACAGGGAAGAGUCUUGACCCAGCUGCAACGUGGGUUCCAUACGGUGGUCUCUUAUUCGUUGCCGUGGUCCAAGAUAUCACCACUUCUGGGUGUGGAGCUGGCACAGGAUGCCUUGAUCAUUUUGGGUAUCGACACAUUGCUCGGAGAGUCGGGCGAAACGGGUGAAGAUGAAAACGAAGAUGAAAGUGGCGAGGAUAAGAUGGAAGUCGAUCCGCAAUACUCAGUCUCGUAUGAAGACUGGAAGAAUGAAACCUCGGAGACGAGAGCCCAUCUGAUGACCGAGGGUGAAAAUGAACAGGUUACAAUGGCUCGAGACCGUCUUCUCGCGUUUCUCAAUGGUCUGCAGCAGGUGGGGCUUGGCGGGGACAAAGCGCAAAAGGUGUUCGCCAGCGUGAUGAAUAUUAUGAUGACCGACUUUGUCCGCGCCGCCUACACGGGUCAAUGGGAGACGCCGUCAUCAGUGCCGCAACAUCUACGACAUUGGAUUGAGAAUGUCUACGCACGACUGGCUGUACAGAUUCUGGCGAUCAUACACACACCUCACGCCGGAAGUCAGCCUCCCAGUUCUUUGGAUGUAAGCUUUGGCGACGUGGAAAAGUGGCAGGAGAUAGGAAUUGCUCGGCUAGGGGCUCUUCGUACCAGCGAGUUGUUCGAUGUCAUCGUUGAUUGGCCAGCGAGUACGGGGGCUGUGGAAGACCUCCGGCAUUUCACCACGCAUCCUGCUGCUCGAGCUCAUGUCACACAGUCGUUCAUUACAAUUCUGAACCAGAGACUGCUACACCCGGGUGCCUCGACCGUUGAGAUCUUGCAAUUGUACAUCUCUAUCAUUCGGGCCUUUCAUCUGCUCGACCCGAAAGGCGUUCUCUUGGAUCGCAUUGCUCGGCCAAUCCGGCGGUAUCUACGAGACCGUGAUGAUACUAUCAAGGUCAUAGUCAGUGGGCUUCUGGCUGAGCCCACAGCGGCCGGCGCAAAGACCCCGACAUACGCUAAUGACACCCUAGUCGAGCUGUCGACCGAGCUAUCUAAGGCCCACCAGCUCUCUAUGCAAAACAACACCAGUGAACUAGACUGGGAUGAUAUGAACUGGAUGCCCGACCCCGUCGAUGCAGCACCGGACUAUCGCAAGUCAAAGAGCUCCGACGUCAUCGAUAGCCUAGUCAGCUUAUUCGACUCAAAAGAAACCUUCGUCAAAGAACUCCAGACCUUGCUCAGCGACCGUCUCCUCCAAAAGCGCAAGAAUUACGACCAAGAAAUUUCGGUCCUCGAGUUGCUUAAGGUGCGCUUCGGGGACUCGGCUCUACAAGCGUGCGAAGUAAUGCUCCACGACAUUUCAGACUCUCGCAAAGUCGACAAGUCUAUUUGCAAAGAACAAGGUCUAAACAAACCGCCCGCUCGCCACGUCAAGCGCCCACCAAAGCCACCUGCCCCGGAGCUGCAUUCUAAAAUCCUCUCACGCUUCUUCUGGCCCACGCUUCAAGAUCAAGAGUUCAAGAUCCCCGACGAAAUCGUCUCCCUACAGCGCAAAUAUGCCGCUGGCUUCGAAACCCUCAAGGCAUCCCGCAAACUUACCUGGCGCAACGGGCUCGGCCAAGUCCUCGUCGAACUACAACUAGGCGAUCGCGAAUUCUCAGAAGAAGUCACCACCUGGCAAGCAACCGUCAUCCACGCCUUCCACUCCGACCACGACGAAGACGCCACGCGAACCAUUUCCAAUCUAUCCGAACAACUAGAAAUGACACCCGCCCUCGUCCGCUCUGCCUGCUUAUUCUGGGUAAGCAAGCGCAUCCUCACCGAAUCAUCCCGCGACGAAUACAGCGUCCUGGAAUACCUCCCCUCCGAAGACGAAGACGAAUUCGGCGUCUCAGGCGCAGAUUCCGGCGAAGCAGAUCUACAAUCUGGAGAUUUAUCCACUGCAGCAGCCGCCGCUGAAGCCGCAGCAGCAGUCGCAGCCAAGGAAGCAGCCGAGGCUGCGGCCAUGGAGAAGAUGAACCUUUAUUGGCAGUUCAUCGUCGGAAUGCUCACGAAUCAGGGGGCGAUGCCGCUGCAGCGGAUUGUUAUGAUGCUGAAGAUUGUUGUGCCGGGUGGGUUUCCGUUUAGUAAUGAGGAGUUGAGGGAGUUUUUGGCGGGGAUGGUGUCUCAGGGGAAGCUGGAGAUUGCGAGCGGUGGGAAUUAUAAGCUUGUACAUUGA